AAUGCAUGUUAUCUUCUCGAACAGUGUCAUGAUCAAUCCCUGGAAACAAUUAUGAAAGGGUGGCGAUAUUUUCGUAAAAAGGAAAUAACUGCAGUUACAACCUCAACAUCCAUAACCAAAACAGGCACAGCAACCACAAAAACCACAACCAAAGCCACAACAGCCACAGCCACAACAGCCCCAGCAACCUCAGCAACAACAACGGCCACAGCAAGCACAACAGCCACUACAGCCACAGAACCAUCAACAACCACAGCAACAGCAACCACAGCCACUGCAGCCCCAGAAACCCAAGCAACCAUUACGACCACAGCAAGCACAAAAGCCACAACCACUACAGCCACAGAACCAUCAACAACCACAGCAACCACAAGCACAGCCACAAAAAGCACAACAGUCCCAGCAACCACAACAGCCACAGCAACCACAUUAGCCACAACCAUUACAGCCAGAGAACCCACAACAACCACAACCACAGCCACAACAACCACAGUAACAACUUCAGCAACCACAAUCACAGCCACAUCAGCAAAAGCAACCACAGCCACAAAAGCCAUAACAACAACACUAGCAACAACAACAACCACGGCAACCAAGUUUGGACCAGAUGCUGCUGUGGACAAAGUGUACUUGGUUGGAUCUAGGAAGAAGUAAUAUGAAAGAGAUCGACAAACUGAAGAAAUUAUGAUAAAGAAGAGCAAUAUUUAUAUGUUCCAUUUAAAUUCAGAUUCAAGCAUACAUCUAUAUAGUCGGAAU